CCUGUCUCUCAAGCCUCCUUCCCCGCGCGGGACGUGGCGCUUCCUUCUCCGCUAAUCCUGCAGCUUUGAACUGAGCCCUGCUGAGCUGCUUAGCUGCCGAGCUGCCGAACUCGGAGCAACGUAUCUCGGUGAGAUUUUGCGCUGACCGUCCUGAGCCCUUUCAUCGGUAAUCGGUAGCGGAUUACUUUGCCAACAGCCAGGAAGAACAAACGAAUCUAGGAGACGCUCGACUUCCGGCCUCCUUCCUCCAAGCGGCGUCCUCUUCCGCUCGCACCGGUCCGGAGAAGCUGAAUUUAUAAUCUUCAGUGGAUUAAAGUAACGUGGAACUUUUUGGUGAAACAAGUGCUCAUUAGAGGAGAAGUGAGUCAUAAGGAAAUAAAGAUGAGUAAGAGCAAAGAUGAUGCUCCUCAUGAACUAGAAAGCCAGUUUAUCUUACGCCUACCUCCGGAAUAUGCCUCUACUGUGAGGAGGGCAGUACAGUCUGGCCAUGUCAACCUGAAAGACAGACUGACAAUUGAGUUACAUCCUGAUGGGCGUCAUGGAAUUGUCAGAGUGGACCGGGUCCCUUUGGCUUCAAAAUUGGUAGAUCUGCCCUGUGUUAUGGAAAGCUUGAAAACCAUUGAUAAAAAAACCUUUUACAAGACAGCUGAUAUCUGUCAGAUGCUUGUAUCUACAGUUGAUGGUGAUCUCUACCCUCCCGUGGAAGAGCCAGUUGCUACUACUGAUCCAAAAGCAAGCAAGAAAAAGGAUAAGGACAAAGAGAAAAAGUUUAUCUGGAACCAUGGAAUUACUCUGCCUCUAAAAAAUGUCAGAAAGAGAAGGUUCCGUAAGACAGCAAAGAAAAAGUAUAUUGAAUCUCCAGAUGUAGAAAAGGAAGUGAAGCGGUUGCUGAGUACAGAUGCAGAAGCUGUCAGUACUCGUUGGGAAAUAAUUGCUGAAGAUGAAACAAAAGAGACAGAAAAUCAGGGCCUGGAUAUCUCCUCUCCAGGAAUGUCUGGCCAUAGGCAGGGCCAUGACUCAUUAGAACAUGAUGAACUUCGGGAGAUAUUCAAUGACCUCAGCAGCAGCAGUGAAGAUGAAGAUGAGACACAUCAUCACGAUGAAGAAGAUAUAAACAUCAUUGAUACAGAGGAAGAUCUGGAGAGGCAGCUACAGGACAAGCUAAAUGAAUCUGAUGAACAGCACCAAGAAAAUGAGGGAACCAAUCAACUGGUUAUGGGAAUUCAGAAACAGAUUGAUAACAUGAAAGGCAAGCUCCAAGAGACCCAGGACAGGGCAAAACGGCAGGAGGAUCUCAUCAUGAAGGUGGAAAACUUGGCACUCAAGAAUAGGUUUCAGGCUGUGUUGGAUGAACUCAAACAGAAGGAAGACAGAGAAAAGGAGCAGCUUAGCUCUUUGCAAGAAGAGCUAGAAUCACUCCUAGAGAAGUGAGAAAAACCCUGAUACUUAAUUUCAUUCCUCAGGCGGGUCAGCAUAAAAGAAACACCUAGGACUGGGUAUUAUGACCUUGUAGUAGUUCCUUUUCUCUCCACUGCCUUCUAUUGAAUUGACCCGAUUUGUCUCUCAGAACCAGUUUGCUAGAUGUUUAUCCUCUAGGAAGUAGGAUUGUAUAGGUAGAAAAAUGAUUGUAGAAAAGUUGUAGGUUUAGUGGAAUGAACAGUUUAAUGUUCAUAAUCACAGCUUCACUGCAAGACUUUGCUGCUGUUUUUUCAUUUGCCAUAUGCUAUUAUUGCUUCUGUGUGAUGCCAUCUGAGAUCAAUAAGAAAAGACAGUGAAGCUAGUUUGCAUUUUUUCCCCAUGCAUUAGCUAUUUUCCAAGCUAUUCAAAGCAAUUGCUCUCACAUGUAGAAAUGCAAAUCAUUUCAAAAAGUUGUUUCUAAUACAGUUAAUAAAAGCGACUGAUUUUCACCUCUUAA